AUGGAAAAGUGCAUCUCUACUCUUGAUUAGGAGUAGAGGGAGAAAUUAAAAUAUGAGGAAGAUGAAAUUCUUGAUUUUUUAAGACAAUUUAUUAAUGGAUAUAAAGUUCUUUAUGAUUUGAAUAUUAUUCAUAGAGAUAUAAAACCAGCAAAUAUCCUUAUAUAAUAUUAUGGAAAUAAGAAAUUAUAUAAAUUGGCUGAUUUCGGAAUAGCGUAAUUUUGUGAAUAAAAUAAUUUAUGGUUAACCAAAUUAGGAUCUCCUAUGCUUGCUUCACCUGAAUUAAAUGUUCUGAAUAAAGAUAAUAAUCUAAGGUAAAAUUUAGUUGGAAUGAAAAAAUAGCAUUAAAGAAGUGUUGUUGAUAUGUACUCUCUUGGUAUUAUAUUAAAUCUCAUGAUCACGGGAGAAUAUCCAUAUAAAGAUGAACAUAAUAGUAUAAUUGAUUUUAUACGUACACUUGAAAAUUAACCUUUUAAAGUUAAUUAAUUUGAUAGUGAAAUAAUUCAACUUUUGGUAGAAGGAAUGAUAGAGUAUUAUCCGGAAAAAAGAAUGACCUUUUAAUAGUUAUGUGAAAUUUUUAAUAGACUUUGUAUUGUUCCAGAAUAUAAAUUAAGAGAUGCAUUUAGCUCAUAAAGCAACAGCAUUAAACAAAAUUAACUUAAUUAUGCUUAAUUAGACAUUCCAAUAAAAUAAGUAAGUUUUGACCAUUACAUCAUCCAAAAUCAUUUUUCAAUUAGUAAAAUUUUGAUCAAAAACAAAACAUAAGUAUUCCAUUUAAUUAAAAACAUUUGGCUCAAUAAAAUAACUUAAGUUUUCGACCAAAAUUACAAAAUUUGGCUUUUUAACAAAUCCCAAGAUUUCCAAUGA